CUGUAAAGAAGAUCGGCUGGUCAAUUUUUACCACAUCAGAUUCUUGACAGAUGAGAAAAGAUAAGUACAGCUCACCAUCCAUUUCAUCAUCUUUAUUUAAGUAUAAGCAGAAGCAGACAGCGGAAGCAGUAACAGUAGCUAACAAACUUCAUGGAGCAAAAGAGUUACUUUCUUCUAUCUUUCCUUCUUCUAGCUCUGCUACUGAACCUAUCAUCUGCUCAGCUACGGCGCAAUUUCUACGGCAACAUCUGCCCCAAUGUAGAACAAUAUGUCCGAAAUGCAGUUCAGCGGAAGCUCCAGCAAACCUUUGUGACAGCUCCUGGGACUCUCAGGCUCUUCUUCCAUGAUUGCUUUGUCCAGGGAUGUGAUGCUUCUGUACUUCUUUCUUCACCUACUAAUAAUGCUGAGAAGGAUCACCCGGAUGAUCUUUCACUUGCUGGUGAUGGUUUUGAUACAGUGAUCAAAGCUAAGGCUGCUGUUGAUAGGGACCCAAGAUGCAAGAAUAAGGUCUCAUGUGCUGACAUAUUGGCCUUGGCCACGAGAGAUGUGAUAGCUUUGACGGGUGGCCCUUUUUACUCCGUAGAACUGGGGAGACGUGAUGGAAGAAUCUCUACCAAGAGCAAUGUUCAAAACCAUCUUCCUCAUCCUACUUUCAAUUUAAACCAACUGAAUACUAUGUUCGCCUCCAAUGGUCUCACAAUGACAGAUAUGAUUGCACUAUCAGGAGCACACACAAUCGGGUUUUCACACUGCGGCAAACUUUCUAAUCGGAUUUAUGGGUUCAGCCGAAACCGCCAAAUCGACCCAACACUGAACCCAACUUAUGCUCAGCAGCUUCAAAAGAUGUGCCCAAGAAAUGUAGACCCACGAGUUGCCAUUAACAUGGAUCCUACCACUCCUAGAACUUUUGACAAUGCCUACUUCAAGAACCUCCAGAGAGGGAUGGGGUUGUUUACCUCUGAUCAAGUAUUGUUUACAGAUUCAAGAUCAAGGAAUAUUGUCAAUUUCUUUGCAUCAAACAACACAGCUUUCCAACAGUUCUUUGUUACUGCCAUGACCAAGCUUGGAAGGGUUGGUGUUAAGACCGGAACACACGGCGAAAUUCGCCGUGAUUGCAGUGCUGUGAAUUAGAGGGGAGGUUGUUAACACAUGAUGAUCUACUGUAGAUUUUAACUCUUCUAUUAUCUGAACAUUUUGAGAAAAUUUCUUUGUGUGUACAUUAAGUUGUUGAUGUAUCUUAUUCUUUGAAGGGCUGUGUCCAAAUUUGAGUACUAAAACUAUGGUGGGCGGGUUUUAAUAAAUUUUUUUCCUUCUUCCCUUU